AUGGUGAAGCUUCUGAAAUCCGGCCGCGUUGUGGUCGUCCUCAACGGACGCCACGCGGGGAAGAAGGGUGUCGUCGUGAACACCUGGGAGGGAAGCAAAGAGAGGCAAUUCGCCUUCUGCCUUGUCGCCGGUAUCGAGAAGGCGCCCCUUAAGGUGCACAAGAAGAUGCCCGCGAAGAAAAUCGAGAAGCGCAUGCGCGUCAAGCCCUUCCUGAAGUACAUCAACGUCAACCACUUGAUGCCCACACGAUACACCGUGAGCAGCGACAUGGACGUCAAGACCCUCGUCCCCGAAGAUGCGAUGAGAACCUCUGACGACCGCAAAGCCGCCAAGAAGGGACUGAAGAAGAUCUUCUACGAGAAGUUCACCAACCCCGUCAACGACAAGGUCGGAAAGGUCAGCAAGGAUCUCCUCUUCUUGCGCAAGAAGCUGCGAUUCUAA